AAAAAAAACGAGCAGAAAAAGUUCUGUGAGACUGAAAGAGAGAGAGAGAGAGAGAGAGGGAAAAAAAAAGAAAAAAUAUAAACCCAGUUUUCGAUUUUCAUCAAUUUCUCUUUUAACGACAACAAUUAUUAUUACGUUUGCUUGUUCCUGACUGUUGCACACUCAAUCAAUCAAUCAACAUCAUCCUACUUAAUCCAGCGAUUGAGUAAUCAUUGUUUAUCGUGGAAUCGUAUAACUUCAGGAAUUUACUCGUUAUCAUCGGUGCCCGUUAGUUUCAUAUAUAUUAUUGGAUAUAUUUAAACCAACCCCAUUAUGUCAGUUUACACUUCCAAUUCGGCUGCAGUGGCUCAACAACAGCAGCAACAGCAACAACAACAGCAGCAACAACAACAGCAACAGGUUGCGCAACAACAACAACAACAGGCUGCUCAACAACAAAGACAACAACAUCAACAAAGAUUGAAUGAAUUAUUGGAUGCUGUUAAACAAGAAUUUGAUUAUGCUUUAAAUGAAGCAUCCAAUUUUAAACAAGUGAAAGAAGAUUAUGACUUGAAAUAUAGUCAACAAACUGCUGAAAUGCAACAAAUUAGACAAACUGUUUAUGAAUUAGAAAUGGCUCAUAGAAAAAUUAAAGAAGCUUAUGAAGAAGAAAUUUUAAGAUUAAAAACAGAAUUGGAAAAUAGAGAUAGACAAGUUCAGAUUCAACAACAAGCUGCGGCUGUGGCUCAACAAAAAUCAAAUGGUUUGAAUUAUGGAGGUUAUCAACAACAACAACAGCAGCAGCAGCAACAGCAACAGCAGCAACAACAACAACAACAACAGCAACAACAGCAGCAACAACAACAACAACAACAAAUUCAGCAACAACAACAACAACAACAGCAACAACAACAGCAACAACAAGCUCCUCCACCUCCUCCACAAGCUCAAGUGAUCCAACCUCAAACUCCUUCUCAACCUUUACCUCAACCUGUUAAACAAUCUCCUCAAAAUCAAGAAGUUAAACCAGUUACAAGAAAACAAGAAGAUUCAAAUGGUAUAACUAGUCAAGAAACUUCAACUGCUUUAACUAUUAUCGAUAAAUCUCAAUAUAUUGUUAAUCCAACUCAAAAAGCUUUACAUGUUAAAGAAAUCCCUCCAUUUUUAUCUGAUUUAGAUGUUUUAAAAGCAAAUCCUGACUUUAAAAAACAAAAAUUAGAUUAUUAUGUUUUAUAUAAUCCUGCUUUUAAUCGUGAUUUAGAUGUUGAUUUAAUUCAUUCUUUAGAUCAUUCUUCAGUGGUUUGUUGUGUUCGUUUCUCAAAAGAUGGUAAAUACAUUGCAACUGGUUGUAAUAAAACAACUCAGGUCUUUAACGUUGAAACUGGUGAAUUGGUUGCUAAAUUAAUUGAUGAUAAUAAUUCUUCAGAAUCGACUGGUAAUGGUGAAGUCAAUAAAAAUGGUGAAUCAGGUGAAAAUACUGAUGCUUCAAAUGCUGCAACUGCUUCAGGUUCUUCAUCAACUGCUGCUAAUGGUGAUUUAUAUAUAAGAUCAGUUUGUUUUUCACCAGAUGGUAAAUUAUUAGCUACUGGUGCUGAAGAUAAAUUAAUUAGAAUUUGGGAUUUAAAUACGAAAAGAAUUAUUAAAAUUUUACGUGGCCAUGAACAAGAUAUUUAUUCAUUAGAUUUUUUCCCUGAUGGUGAUAGAUUAGUUUCAGGUUCUGGUGAUAGAACCGUUAGAAUUUGGGAUUUAAGAUCAUCUCAAUGUUCUUUAACUCUUUCUAUAGAAGAUGGUGUUACUACUGUGGCUGUAUCUCCUGAUGGUCAAUUAAUUGCUGCUGGUUCUUUAGAUAGAACGGUAAGAGUUUGGGAUUCAACUACUGGAUUUUUAGUUGAAAGAUUAGAUUCAGGUAAUGAAAGUGGUAAUGGUCAUGAAGAUUCUGUUUAUUCUGUUGCUUUCACCAUAAAUGGUAAACAAAUUGCUUCUGGUUCUUUAGAUAGAACUGUUAAAUUAUGGAAUUUAGAAGGUAAACAAGAUCCUCAAUCAAGUGGUAAAAAAUCAAGUUGUGAAGUUACUUAUAUUGGUCAUAAAGAUUUUGUAUUAUCUGUAUGUUCAACUCCAAAGAAUGAAUAUAUUCUUUCUGGUUCAAAAGAUCGUGGUGUUAUCUUUUGGGAUCAACUUUCUGGUAAUCCAUUAUUAAUGCUUCAAGGUCAUCGUAAUUCUGUUAUUUCAGUGGCUGUAUCUUUAAAUUCUCAAGGUACUGAAGGUAUAUUUGCUACUGGUAGUGGUGAUUGUAAAGCCAGAUUAUGGAAAUGGACUAGAAAACAAUAAAUAAAACAAAUCCUUAAAAAUUGCUACAAUUAAUUAACUUCAAGAGACUCUUUUAGUUUUUCCUUUUUUCGAAAAUCUUUUAAUAUUUAUAUUCAUUCAGUUUAUUUUAUUGAUAAUAGAUAAACUACCCUCCUCCUCCCCUUCCCCUGCUUUCCUCAACAUUUUCUAAUUUUUUAUUCGAGUUUUUAUUAUUCUUCCUUAUUUGAUUUUUCCCUUUUGUCUUUUAUAUAUAUUUUUGUAUGUAUUGUAAUAGUAUAAAACCAAUUAUUAUUGAAAAAAAAAAAAGUUAUACGACAGAAUAAUUUCUGAACGACGCGAAAAAAAAUGAGUGUGUCGUUUUUGAAAAUUUAAAAAUUUUGGCGGUCAAUUAUUGUAUGUAUCUACUAGUAGACAUCAAACCCAAUCAACCAUGACUGUCUAUACUGCAUCGUGUACUGCUCCGGUCAAC